GUUGUAAGGCACUGCCUAGGCCCCUGUACUGUACAAACUAUUCUACUCUCAUCCUACCUGGGACUUGUGAUGAGGCACCGCUUAUUCUUCUUAAACACUUUCUACUUUGAGAAGAAGCUGCAAUGAAAGCAGCUCCUGCUUCUACUCCACAGGAGCAGAGCAACAGACUGGAGGAGCGAAAAGCAGACUGAAUUAUUUCAUUCCCCAGGAGGGAGAAUGGAUCAGAAGUCCAUGAUGCAGUAGGCAGCAUCCACUCCUUUUGCUUUCGCUGGGAGAAGUGUUGAGAUGUAGUUCUACCAUCAAGCUCUGCCUCUCCCUAACAGUCCCCAGCAUUUUACACAGACCAACUUCUUAAGAAGCAAAAAUCUGCUCCUGCCAGAGAGCCCUGGGGGGAUGGUUUUGGCAGCUGUUUUACAGGAACUUGCAAAGUCUCACAUCGGAUUGUUUAAAUGUGAUUGAAAUCCUCACAUUCACAUUUAGUUUCUUGGAGUCAGCAUCCGAUUAGCGUAAAAAGCACUGCUGGGUGAUUCUAAAGACUUCGCAAUUGAACUUCUACCUCUGUUUCCAACAGCAGCACCACUGCAAGCUUUUUUCCUUCCUGUUAUAGAGUGACUGGUUCUGGAGGAUGACUAAAUGCCAAACACUGUCCUAUUUCUUCAUGUUUCAGUUGCACUGAAACAAAGACUUGUAGAUCUAAAAGCGCUAUGCAUUUAAUAACUUGUCUGACCAUUAUCAGCUCAUUUUGCUAGGAAACCAUCAUUGUUUUAUGAUGUCACAGCCAUACAUGUUGUUAUCAUUAUGAUGUUCUAGAACUUUUCAUUGAAGUUCAUUGAAAGCUAGCGUCACUUUAAUAUACUUGCUGUCUAGCAGCAAGAAGCUGAACUGAUGCCAUGGAAAAAAGUAGUCUAAGCGAGAAGGGAGGAUUUGAAAUGGACUUCUCUGUAGCAGAAACUGCAUAUGUUUCAGCUCAGGAUGAAAUGGUUAAUUCUGCAAUCUCUGUUUCUUCUGCCACUCCACUGUGCAUUAAAACCGCAGCUGGUGACUCUCCUUUGAGGUCUAUAUUAGAAGAAAAUACUUUUCAAGCUUUGAAUGAUGGGCCAUGGGUAAAAAGACCGCGUCUUAAUGUCUGUGACGAUGGCCCCACUGAAGAUAAUGAUUUUUUAUCCCUCACCUUUCCGAACAAACUCUGGAAAAUUGUUGAGAGUGAUCAGUUUAAAUCAAUUUGGUGGGAUCAUGGUGGAAAUUGUGUUGUGAUUGAUGAAGAGCUCUUUAAAAAGGAGGUGCUAGAAAGGAGAGGACCUUUGCGAAUUUUUGAAACUGAUUGCAUGAAAAGUUUCAUUCGUCAGCUUAAUCUGUAUGGAUUUAGCAAAAUGCGGCAAGAUUUUCAAAGGUCUGCAUCACUUGCUGAAUUUCUAGCAGAAGAAAAAGCAGCUUCUGCCUUUAGCAAGUUACAGUUCUACCAUAACCCAAAUUUUAAGAGAGGCUUUCCAAAUCUGUUGGUAAGGUGUAAGAGAAGAGUUGGCAUCAGAAAUACACCAGCAGUUGCUUUUUCAUUGGAUCAAGAGUUCAAUGAGACCUGCUUUAGGAACGAGGGAACAAGUCCAGAUGUUAUGUCCACCUUGGGAAGUGCUGCCAUGGAAGAGAAUGACUUGCUUGCACCUGCUCCAAAGGAAACCCUGCAGGUACCUGGGUUAAGGAAGUCUACAUCAAAUAAAGGACUUAUCAGAGCAACUACCCAACUCAAAAGUGGAUUCACUUCUUCACCUGCAGCUUCACUGAGGCCAUCGGAACAUGCUACAGCAGAAGACGGUGAUAAGUUAAAUCAGCUGGCUCCGUUCCAUUUAUCGCAACAUAACAGCCAUAGCCAAGCCAGCAGCCAGGAUAUAGAUUCCACUGCAACCACAUCUGCUACUUCUUUAUAUCAUGUCAUACCUCCUGUCCCAAACAAUCCUUUUGGACCUUUUAGAGGGCCUCCUGGUUUCCCAACCACAUAUCCAGAUUUAUCAGUGAUGCAGGCUCACUGGGCUAGUUUGCUACCAUUUUGUAACCCAUGGUUCUCAAUGCCCAUGAUUGCAGCAGCCUCCGCUCUUCCAAUGUCAAGAUCUUCUCAUCACCGUGCUCCAUCAUACCAUCACUGCCCUAACUGCAACUGCACAUCUAAUAAUGCACCUCCUGGCAAAGGGACUGGACCCAAGCCUACUGAUUAUACAGGAUAUCACCGCUAAAGCAAUGAUUUUAACAUUUCAUAUUCCAGGGGAAUAAAGUCUGAAAAAUCUGCAGUGCAAUUAUCUGAAGAAUAAAUCUCCAUUUCUCCUAUCUUGUUUAUCUAAUGUAAUUCCAAAUUUAUUUUGUAUUCCAUCAACCAGGAACUAUUUAACCAAAAGUUAUUGGUCUGCUUUAGGGAUUUCUAAUUAUUAGCAAGCUUGGAUUUUUAAGGAAGAGAGCAUAACAGUGGGUAAUGGUCUUUCUAAAGAUACUUUUUAUGCUCAUCCCUCACCUCUUGCUAGGGGGGAGAAGGGGUAUGCUCAGCAAAGCUCAGGAGGUCUGCAUCUCUCUUCUGUUAAGGAGGUGGUGUUAUAUGAAGGGCUGUAUGAGUGUGGAUGCAUGAGGUGCGUAUGUGCUAUAUGGAGGAAAGUUUCCUUCACCCUGUUACUGAGGCAAUGAUCUGUGAUAAGAUCAUUCACUAAGGCUUCAUCCAGAGACCAAGGCUUUGACCUGAGGAUUUAAGCUAGACCUCAGCCACAUGAUACUCUUCCUUCUCGCAGUGUAAUGACUCAUUAUUUUGCAAUAGCAGAUUUGUAACACAUGCUCUGUUGGAUGACCCACAUUUUCAAGUGAUUCAUGUUAACUAUCAUAAGACUAUAAACUUCAUGCUAAGCAUGUAUUAUUACUACAGAGUCUGGUACGGUCUCUGAGAGCGCGCCUAAAUCAAAUCCAAGAGAAGAGAACUAUACAUUCAACAGACCAAAACCAGAAAAGAUUGGUCACAUUCAUUUUCACUGAGCAGCAGGUGAGUUCUUGUUAAGAGGGAGAGAACAUAAUGGGGAAAAAUUUAGGAAUGACUUAACCACAUGGUAUCACCUUCACUCAGGUCAUAUUGAAAAGAUGCUGCUGUUCAGGGAUCCUUUGGUGAGGAGAACCACAAUUUCAGUUACGUAUUACAGUAUUUGAAUUCCUUCAUGUUUGGAUUUGGAAUAUUUGAUGUUAACUAGAAGCCAUUUUGUUCCUUUUUUUGGAAAGAUUGUGACCAUGGGGCCUGUGCCCAUUGCAAUUAAUGCUGGAAGUUCAUGCCCCAAUUGGCUAGAGAGAGAUUAAAUUAUGUUUAAAGGAAUAUUUAUUAAAAACCUUCAAGAAGCAGAGUGGAAUGAUUAUUGGAGUUUAGCAGGGCUAUCUUGAUAUGGCAAUGGUGGUUCUUUUCCCUAUGAUGCAGAAAACUAGGUUUUACUUCCCUGCCCUGGUCACAUAGCCUGUAGCCCAAUGGUGCAUUAAACUGCUGUAGCAUUAAUCAAGGAUUCCUCAGCAUUUGGGGGGAUCUAAAGGGAACUGUUGAGUGCAAAUUAAUUUCAUAUGCUGAUUAUAAGCUUUUGUAAUAUGCAUCACUGGUACCCAAAC